CACAUGGAGACACCCCCGACGAUGGUCCCCGACCAGCAGGCACCCGCCUCCGGCCAUCACUAUCACCACCAUCACCACCAUCAUCAUCAUCAUCAUCGACAUCAUCGUAGUACGUCAUCCACCACGCCUAGCCAUGGACCGGCGACCGACACCUCGGACGAGUUCGCACCGGUUUCCAGAAAACGGAAACUUUCUUGCCAUGUUGGAAGCGAUCUCUUGGACGACCUGGGAGACGACGCCAAAUCAGUUCGCACAAACGACGACAGUAAGAAGCAGAACCAUAGUGAAAUCGAGAAGCGCAGGAGGGAUAAAAUGAAUACAUACAUCACCGAGCUAUCGGCGAUGGUACCGAUGUGUCACGCGAUGUCGCGGAAGCUGGACAAGCUGACCGUGCUGCGAAUGGCGGUGCAGCACCUCAAGACUAUCCUCGGCGCGGUUACCUCAUACACGGAAGGUCACUAUAAGCCCGCGUUUCUCAGUGAUCAGGAACUCAAGACGCUCAUACUUCAAGCUGCAGAGGGCUUUGUCUUUGUAGUGGGCUGCGAUCGCGGAAGAAUUCUCUACGUGUCCGAGUCCGUCUCGCAGACUCUUAAUUAUUCUCAGGGUGACUUGUUGGGUCAAAGCUGGUUCGACAUCCUGCAUCCUAAGGAUGUUGCAAAGGUAAAGGAGCAGCUCUCAUCCUCCGAUCUCAGUCCGAGGGAACGAUUGAUCGACGCAAAAACCAUGCUACCGGUGAAAACCGACGUGCCCCAGGGUGUGUCACGACUUUGCCCCGGAGCGCGGAGAUCCUUCUUCUGUCGGAUGAAGCGUAAAGUCGACGGGGUCCGUUGCGGUGAGAUGCAAGUGAAGGAGGAAGCCGACGCCACCGCUAGCUGCCACAGGAAAAAGAAGCAACAAAACUGCACGGGCUAUCUGAAGUCCUGGGCGCCCGCCAAGAUCGGCCUCGAGGAACAGGAGGGCGAGGCCGACGGCGAAGCGUGCAAUUUGUCCUGCUUGGUAGCGGUCGGCCGAGUCCAAACAGCGAUAUCAACGGCCAUGUUGCCGAGGAAGCCCCAUUCAAGGCCCAUACAAUUCGUCUCGCGACAUGCAAUGGAUGGCAAAUUUCUGUUCGUGGACCAAAGAGCUACUCCAGUAUUGGGCUUUCUACCUCAGGAACUGCUGGGCACCAGUAUGUACGAAUAUUAUCACCACGACGACAUUCCUCAUCUGGCAGAAUCUCACAAAGCUGUGUUGCAAACUUCCGAACGCGUUACCACGCAGAUCUAUAGGUUCAGGAGCAAGGACGCGAACUUCGUGCGGUUGCAGUCUGAGUGGAAGUCCUUCAAAAAUCCAUGGACCAAAGACAUCGAAUAUCUAAUCGCUAAGAAUUCCGCUAUCUUCUGCGACACACGUCCAGGUGGAAAUAACAGAUCUGAGGACUCAAGCGUGCAGAGCAACUAUGAUUAUUUCACACAAAGUAACGGUGGAUUAGAAAGACUGAUCUCGAGCCACGUGGAAGUAAGUAAGAUCGGCCGGCAAAUAGCGGAAGAGGUACUGGAUUUACAAAGACGCGGAGAAGACUCCUCCUCGGGUAGUAGUCCUGGACCAGCGACAGAGACCGGUUUAUUGAACACCGAGUCGCAAAUGGUCACGACGACGGCAUCGCCAGAGAGAAUACCUGACAUUUCCCAGCCUAGUGGCAUCGGCAGCGACAACAGCAGCAGCAACCCCACGUCGACGUUCAACCACGUAGCGAACAACGUGCAGCUCAACAGCAUCGCGAAUGACCAAGGAGCGUCACCGGAUGACGACAUGAUGGAGAUGAUUGGCGGCACCACGAUUAAUGAAUCACCAAAUUCGAUCCCGUCCGACGGCAACGACGAGGCAGCGAUGGCUGUCAUCAUGAGCCUGCUGGAGGCAGAUGCGGGUCUGGGCGGUCCCGUGGAUUUUUCCGGAUUGCCAUGGCCGUUACCAUAAUGCAUGUGCACUUUAGUCUGCAAUUUUAAAAUGCGGAGGAAUGUCUCCUGGUCGAGCGAAACGCGCUCAGAACGAAUGAGACUUGGUGCUGAAAUGGUGCUUUUAAGAUAGGAUUUCGUUAAGUUAAGCGAACUGUAACUUCCAAACAAAACUUCUACAUCGCAAUCAAUUAACCAUCGUUCUUCAUCAAUAUCGUGGAUUCGUAGUCCUAUGUAUAUAUAUGUUUAUAUGCUAUCUC